GCUACAGCUUUCAACACAUCUACUUCGGGCCCUUUGACCUCAGUGGCAUGAAAUUCCUCAAUGUCUCCUGUCUCCUCGGAUGCUCCGAGGCUGUCUUAUCCCUGAACACUGGGUACCGCGCCUCAAUGACCAUGGUACAGAAGGGCUGCUGGACAGGCCCGGCUACGGGCCAGAUGCAGUGGAAUGACAAGGCGCUGCCGCCUAACAACUCGGUGGUGUGCGGCUGAGGGACCGACCUUUGCAACGCGAACUUCCAGACCCACGACUCCCUCGCCAACCUGGGUCGAGCGGCCAACCCGCCGACGCUCAGCGGCGCCAAGUGCUACUCCUGAGUGGGGAUCCACCCGGAGGACUGCACCCCGGAGAAGUUCCGGCGGGUCCAGUGUCACCAGGACCAAAGCAUCUGCUUCCAGGGCAAUGGCAGCAUGACCUUUGGCAAUUUCUCAGUCCCUGUGUACAUCAGAACCUGCCACCGGCCCUCCUGCACCACCCGGGGCACCACCAGCCCGUGGACAAACAUCGACCUCCAGGGCUCCUGCUGUGAGGGGCACCUCUGCAACAAGGACUCCAUCAGCUUCACCAGCGCCUCGGGCACCGUCCCUCCGGGGCGCCCCCCCACCGUCAUAGUCCUUCUCCUCAUGGCUACCCUGCUGGCUAGCACUCUGGGAGGACCCCUCGGGCUCUCCUCAUAGCCCCUCCAGCCCCUUCCUGAGCAGGAUGCUGGGGGCAGGGCACACGCGCCCUCUUCUCACUGCUUCAG